UCAGAGCGGACGUCCCUGCUCUUUCCUCCCUCAUCGUCCCGAUCUCUCUGAAGGCUGCUACUCAUUUUAGCGAAGUGCGAAAACAAGACCAUUUCCACAAUUUUUGACAAAAUCAGACAGUGCAAGUCCAGGCAGACCAGGGGGAACACGAGGUGAACGGAACAGAACUAGCUGGUUAAAACUUUACUUACAAAUUCAAAAAAGACAGAGAAUCAACCAUGUCUCACCAACAUUUGCCUUCCACUUCGUCGCCAACGUCGCCGCCCACUGCGACGUCUCAUGAAGCCGGAGAUCAAGCAACAAUAAUGUACCAGACGAUUUCUCAUAAUUCGACUUUAUCGUGGGGUCCCAGCUCGCAGUCUGCAGGACAGCCCUUCGUUCCUUACAACAGUCAGAGUUCAGGAUUUCUUUCGCACCCAUUUCCAAUGUCGUUGGCGGACCAGCAUCUCCAUUCCCCCUGCCAGAUGACUCCCUGCCUUCAGUGUUUCAACCAAGGACCACUCCUCCAAGGCUUACCGACGCCGCCAGUACUUAUCAAUAUAUAUCCGACGUACUCUGGAGUCAUGACGACUCCGCAACUCAAUCCCAUAAUCUUGACCCCAUUUCCACCGCAGCAGCAGCCGCAGAUGAUGUACCCUGUACCACAGCCAGUACCACAGAUGAUGUACGCACAGGAGGUGAUGACGCACCCGCAGGAGGUACCACAGCCUCAAAUGGUAACCCAACCCCAAGGACCAACCGAACAACAUAACAAUGAAACUAGCAGUGAGAUGCGACUGCAAUCCAGCACAACUCGAGUUCAAAGAGCACCUCGGCGUCAAGCACAAGGACAUGGAGCCCGUGGAUCUCAAGCAUGUGAAACUCGGGAAGAAUAUUUUGGCGAGACCGUUCCAAGAAAUGGCUGGAAGCCGUACUACCGAGUGAGGAAUUCUGCGGGGAGCUAUUAUAAGCUAAAAUAUUGAAGACUACAAACUGUAAAAUACUCUUCGUAAGCUAAAUUAGCCAAAUUUUUCUACGACAUGGACCGAAUUGACGAUCUUAAUGUAAGACUGAAUACUACACCGUAACAAUAUUUCUCUAAAUUUUGUCGAGAAAAAAAAAUCAAGUCAGAUGUAUGUAACUCUCAUUAUUAAUUAUAUGAACUUAAAAAGUAUAACUUAAUAUAAAUAAUGGAACACAUUAACUCGUAAGAUUUUAAACCAGUAUUAAACAGUCUGACUAGUAAUUAACUAAUACUGAGACUGAAAUGAACCUGAAAUGUAACUUUUAAAAUAAUGAAAUGAACUAUGUAUUUUUUAUGUUAAAGAUAAAUGUAUAAAUUUGCAAUUUUUAUUUGUGGCUAUGAUGAUAAGCUAUACCUAUUUUUGUCAAGUUAAUGAAUUAAUUACUUUUAAUGAUAUGUACCUUAGUCAAUGUUAUGGAAUCGGUUUUAAUUGAAUGUCUUUUUAUGAACUUUUGACAUGUCAAUUUUAACAAAAUUGUUGUUUUAUUUAUUUCAAAAUGAAUUACAAAAUAAAUAAAUCUGAAUUGGCAUUGAAAUUUAACGAUUUUUUCAUUUAUAAUUUACACUUUUGUCAGUUUUUUUAAUAUACAUAAUUCAUGAGGUUUUGGUGAAUCAUUAUAGUGAAUUGAAUUCCUUAUCUGCAUAAAGCUCCGUUUAUAUUAGUAGUUCGUGUCAUCAUCAUGUCAAACUCUAAAUCCGACUUUUUGAUGGAUCGAAAUUCGUAAUUGUCUGGUAUGAUAUUUUUGACUAGCUAAUCAUAAAAUCGGAGCAUGUCAUGAUGAUGACAUGAGCUAUAAACGGAGCUUGAUACAAAUUUUCAUAGCAAUGAUGUCACAACUCUUUAAAUAUUUUGGGGACAUGCACAGUGUUCAAAGAGGCCAAUUUAUUGGAAGUAAUUCCCCGA